AUGAACUCACCUGGUUGCAGAAAAUUGUCAUUUGGAUUCAGUAAGCUACCUAUGGAGGAAUUGGAAAGUUGGAAAAGAACUCAUGAAACUCCAACUGAAUGGCGCGUAAGGCGAUCGUUUUUAGAAAAAAAUUUUAAUAAAUUACACCCUGAACGUUUGGAGUGUCUUUCACAUUGUUUUACUAAUGCUACAUUGUACAAAGUCAAAUAUCCAGCAAAAGUCAUGGAAGAGAUAAACCUUCUUGGGCAAGGAAUUGAAGAAGCCAUCACUUGUGAACAGAGUAAAAAUUCCAGUCGACGAUAA